AUGACGAAAGAAAUAGCGAUUUUUAACUAUCCACCCGAGCUUGGAACUCCAUCUAACUGGAAGAUGUCUUUAAUUUCACCCAAGUUUUUCGGUGUUUUGGAUAAUAGCAAUGUUUUGAAGGUUUAUUCCAUAGAAUCAAAAAAUAUCGUCUUCACAUUAAAUGAUAUUUCCGAUUUUUGUUGGAUUGAAAGUAUUCACUUUAAGAGCCAAUUACUAUGCGUUAUUUCUCAGUCCAAAUUAUUGAUUUAUACUUCAGAAGAUAAAUUGCCACAAAUUGUCAUAUUUGAUGCAUCAACGCGCAAAGCUCCAAUAUCAAUGAAAACAAAUACAGACAUCAUGAACAAAAUUAUUGAAUUUCCUUUAUCCGAAAAUGCCACAAUAGCAACAUCAAUCGAUGCAAACUCAUUAUUAAUAGUUAAUUCAAACCAACUCGAAAAGUACACUUUAUACCUCGAUGGUUUAUAUCUACAAGGUUCUUGCUCCUCUAAUAAUUGCACAAAAUUUGCUUUUGAUGGCGCAAACAUUGCAGGUUUUUCGCAAGACACUGUUUCCAUUUGGAACACCGCACUCGAUGAAUUCAUUUUCUAUAAGGUAGAAUGUCAAUAUCUUUGUCCAUUGAAACCAGGAGUUUUUGGAGCCAUAAAAGACAACCAAAUCACCAUCAUUGACAAGAAAAACGGUAUCGGCGAGAAAAUAUCUAUACCAGAAAACACUCAUUUUUCAACUUACGUUCAAAAUAAUCAAUUAUUUAAUAUAUCAUCGAACUACUCCAUCUGUUAUCCUCGAUUUGAGUGUCCAGUAUUCGCAAACGACAAUAAAAUCAUGAUUAUCGAGGACGAAGAACACCUUUGCCGCUUAUUAGAUGUCAUAUCUCAAAAUUUCGCUUUACAAUUCCUUAUUGACUACGGCAAACAGAGCGAGCAUAAUGCGGAGCUUGUUGCUGUUGCAGCCUGCCAGCACGAAAGCAAGGAAUUGGUCGAUCAAUUCACAAAAGAUCUAAAUAUCUCAUUAUCACUAUCAUUUGUACAGAAACUGACCUCCAUCAUCGAUACAGAGUUCAAACGCCAGUUCGCAAUUACCAUUUCCACUACAAUUAUCCGUUUAAUUGCGAAAUGCAUAAAUUCCGGUACGGAACUUUCCAACAAAUUCGUUGCUCCUCUAUGCACAUUUCGAUCCAUUGUCCAAUACCCCAAGCAGCCACCACAAUACAAACGUCCUUCCCAAGGUAUCGGAGAUUCACCCCCGAUUUCGGAAAAAGAACUGUUACCUUUUGUAUUAGAUGCAUUGCAAAGGAACGCUAUUACCUCAGCAUUACCAACGUUAGCAGUUUCUUUCCCUGAUUUCUCUCCUUUCCAUCUUUUCAGGACGAUUGUUUUGCAGCAAUGUUGGUUAUUAGUUUGCAGCGGAAGAAUACAAGAUACAACAGUUCUUAUAGAGAAAUUAGGCGAAAAUCCUGGUCAACAUCUUCAUGAAAUGUGGCGUCAAACGACACGUAACAAGACGCGUGCUGUUUUGCAUGAUUAUCUACAUAAACAAGGAUUGUUGACACAAAAAGAUGACGAAAACCAUCAAAUUUUGUUGAAAAUAACAACAAAAUAUCCAAAUACAUCUUUCAAACUUGCAAGGAAACUUAACAACUCUCCUGCAAUGAAAGCGUUGAAUGAUCCAUCGAAAUUACCAAGUUGGCAACCAAUUGUUGAUUUAACAACUGAUUUCAAUGAAAACAAAGCAAUGGUUUUCCCAGAAUUAUUCAACAUUCCUGAGGAAACACCCGUUGAAUCUCCCAAAUAUUUCUUAGGAAACAUUGCUUUGAUUGAAUCACAAUCACCUGAAACAAUAAAGAUGUUGACAACUGAUGGAAUCUCUGUUGAAAGAUUGUGGAUUUUGCAUUGCGAACAUAGAGUUACUGAAAUGGUAAAUAUGUUCAAGAAAGAAUUGGAAAAAACUAAACCUGAUCAAAAGAAGAAUUUGAUAUCUGUCAAAUUCAUUAAUACAUAUUAUUCUCAAAUGAAUAUGUAUGAAAUUGAAACAUUACUUGACAUUUUAUGUCAAAAUGGAGUUUUCGUUCAAAAAGAAUUGGAUGAUUUCGAUUUAUUAGUUGUAAGAAUAUGUAAGAACAAGUUCUUGUUUGACCAGAGCUGGUGGUCGAACACGACAACACUUAACUUCACUGAUUUCUUUAAGAGUUUCGCUGUUUAUUGCGCAAAAAAGAAUUUGUUUAUGCCAUUCGAAAUGUUCAUUGUUUCGCAUCCGAAAGCGAAAGAAAUUGACAUGUCUGAUAUCGAUGAACCAUUGAUUAAAUUCAUUUGGGAUUUGUGGGUAAAGAGAGAUCCUGCCGCAGCAAAUCUUUCUUGCAUGCAAUUGAUAGCUCAUUCCAAAUCAAAUGAUCCAAUAGAAUUAUGGAAACAUCUCCCAUCUGAUUCUUUGGCUCCUUUGGCUUCUUUCGUUUGGAAUCGGGAUCCUGAAAAGUUCAAACCUGGUUCUCCUGAAACAGAAGCACUCAGCCAGAGAUUGAAAACAGAUUAUCCGCUGUUGUCUUCAUUAGUUAAAGGAGAAAUUCCUCAUCCACCAUCUCCACAAAUGACUCCUCCUCAAUCCCCAUGGAGAUCUCCAAUUUUCACUUCAAAAUUUGACUUGGAAUUACAUGAUCUUUUGAAGGCACAUUUUGAUUACGAUUUCUCCAAAGUUUUCACAGAUUAUUAUGGAAAAACUCCUGGACAACCUCCUUUCCCACACUUCGACCACCCAGAACUCAUCACUGCUCCUAGCGAACCUCCUUAUGUUCAUUACGUCAAAUCGAUGUUACCUGUUUCAGCUUUUCAACAAGCAAUCGAUGACGGAGUGACAGAACCUAAAUUUAAGGAACUCUGUUUGCAGUGUAUGAGAGAAGCCUUGCUUGACAGGAAUAUCAGGUUAGCAGCUUUAACAUUCAUAGAGUUAGUUGACUUGAAAUUCAACACUGAUUCAGCAACAGACUACAAAUUAUGCAUUGCUAUUUUUGAUAAUUUACAAAAUGAAAACAACACAAUUUUAUUUGAUGAAUUAUCAAAAGUUUUCGUUCAGCAUUGCAAGACAUCAGCGAAGAAUAUACAGAAGAAACUUAUGGCUAACGAAAUCGAAUUAUUCUUGCUUUCUAGUCUAUUAGGCGUCCGAUGUGGAUUGAGUUUGGAUUACACUCCAAUCUCAAAUUUUGCGAAAAAAUCACGUCCUGCAGAACUACUUUUGUUCAUUGACAGGGCGAGCGAAAUCGGUGCACACUAUCAAAUAAACGAAGUCGUCAAGAUAAUAAGACAAGAGAUGCCAGAAAAUCCUCUCAAGGAUCACUUGUUAUUCCAUUUGACACAAUCACUACCAACUGAAGAAGGAACAAACAACGCAGAUAUUCCACCUGCCUUAGUCGUUUUCAGAGCUGUAAGAAGAACAGACAAACCACAAUAUAUAUCUUUAUUGCAAGAAUCAAUCAAUCAUUCUAACCAACUAUACGCGUUGUUAGCUACAUCAAUCGAAGGAUCAAACCCUAUGAUAUGUGCUUUGGUCGUAUUGUUGACGAUGACGAAAGAUUUCACAUUUGAUGUAACACAAGAAAUCGAACAUGAAAAAAUUGUUUCUCUCUUCAUGCAAGUUAUUUCAAACCUUUUGAGAAAAAGUGACAAAGUCAAUAAUGUCAAACAAAGUCUUGAAUUAUUUAGUGACAAAUCUAUUGUCUACUAUUUGUCAUCAUUUAGUUAUUCGGUCCAAAACUUUUUAUUCCAUCAGGCCGAUCUCGUUUUAAGUGAAAUCAACAAAGUUAUCAAAGACCAAGAUCCAGAAACUAAUUAUCAAGAUGAUUUAGUUGGUAACAUCAAAAUCAAAGACAUCAUCCAAGUUUGGCAUCCAUUAUUAGAUUACUUGGCAAAACUUUGUUCACAAAAGUCACAAGUUCACUUAUUCCGAUUUUUGCAACUUCUCAAAACAACAAAUCCAUCACCAUUCCUUGCAGAUCGUGUUUCUAUGUCAUGUGUCAUUGAGAAAUUCGAGAAUUUCAGGAAAGCUAUUUUCGAAUGCGACUUACUUGGUAAACCAGAAGACAUCGUGAAAAAGUUUGCAUUAAAUCAUUCUCUUCAACUUGGACAAAGUGUUGCACAAGUUCUUGGUACUUCAUCAUCUAACGCGACACAAGAGUGGCUUAAACACCAGUAUUCGACAGCAACAACACCAGCGCAAGUCCUUGAUAUCCAUUCACAGAUUGUUUCUUCUAUCCAAGAUGGCGAUGAACUGUUUUUUGUUUCACUUUUCUCUGCUUUACUUCCAUACGCACAACCCACAGAAGUUUACGAUAUCUUGAAGUUCAGCCGCAGUUUGUUCAAGCAAGAAAACAGUUUGACCAAAUCUAUUGACGCACUUUUGAUCCAUCUUGACAUUUGCCACGAUUUAUCCAUUGAAGUUCCUCGUGUGCAAGACGUCAUGAUGCCAUUGAGUGAAACAUUGGAUUUACUUUUCCCACGUACAGAUUUAUCCAAAGUUCCUAAGAAGAUCCAACUUGGCAUUGCAUUGCCUGUUUUAUACGGUAACGGUGCAUUGCAGCGCUUCUUUGAUUCGUCGAUUGACACUACUAUUGAUUAUUGUCUUGACAACAGACGUGUUGAUGAUGCACGUCUUCUUUGUGAGUGGCGCAACAAAUCACCUAAGUCUAUUUUGUUGUUGGAGAGUGUUCAGAAUUUGAUUUCAGGUCAGAAGCUUAGCGAAGAAAGUUACCAGCAUCUUUCGCAGUUCGGCAAUGUCGAUGACAUCGAACAGCUUCUUGACAGCAUCUCAUCUAAAAUGGGCCGGCGAUUUGGUUUGAUUUCUCUUCAUUUCAAAGCAUGCCGUCGACUUGGUUGGCCAACUAACGAUUUGUUAAAGCGCAAGACUACAGAUUUCAUCGAAUCCGAACUAUCAGUCACAAUCCAACAGUGGCCUAUUGUUCGAAAUCUGAUUUCAUUCAGUAAAUUGACAGACGAAGAGACAGCGAAUUCACUGUCUAAAUCUUUCACUAACCAUGUUAUCGACCAACUAAGUUCUCAUCCUAAACAGACACAAGGUCUUUUGAACGUCAAAGAUUUCUCAGACAAAUUCGAAGAAUUCACGAAACUUUGUCAAAAUCCAAGUUCUGUUGGUGAUCAUUUAUUCCAACGGGCUAAAGAACUUCAAGGAUCGCAACCAAUCUCAGUCAUUGUUAACUUGCUUUUGCACUCUAGUAUGUGCACAAGUGACAUUGAUGAAUGCGCAGAAAUGCUUGACCACAUCUUGGACAAGCUAGUUGAAGAGAAACAACUCAGUUUGAUCAUCAACAUUGUCACUAUUUUCAAAGACCCAGCAUUGCUACCAAGGUAUUUCCAGCACUUGAUUGCUCAAGAAAAGCUCGAUGCUUUGCCACAUUCUACUCUGUCUAAGAAAGUCGGCCGAGUUAUCAUGAACUGUGCACGACACGUUCAACCAUUCGAACCACAGAAGUACUUCGACUUGACACUGAACUAUAUGCUUUACCGAGAUCACGCAGAACUUCGCAUGGAAUGCGGCUUGCGUCUUUUGCGAGGAAGUCCAGACAAGAACAAAUUGCAAGAAGCGAGCAGCCACUUCUUGUUGGCACUUGCAUAUUUCUUGCAUGAAAAAUGCUAUUCACUUUCUAUGGAGUGCCUCAAGAAGCUUUCAUUGAUUUCUCUUCAGCUUGAAGUUCCAGAUAUGAACGUCCUCCAUUUGGACGAAUCACAAGUUCUCCAUCUGAUGAAGACGAAAGACUUCCCAUUCGCACUCACAACAGCAGUCGCAUACGACAUGGACACAGAAGUCAACUGGGCAGAAGCUAUUUUCACACAGAGCGUCCAGAAUAAAGGAGAAGAGUUUCUUACAGCAUUCCAGUACUUCAGACCUCUCACAUCUAACCUAUGCUCUCAGGUUGUCAAGAUGUACAAAGAAUCUAACUCAGACGAAGAGAUGAAUAAGCGUAUGAAGAGUUUCUUGAAGAAUAUCCCUAACUUGGUUGAGCGUUACCGAAUCGCUAAAGAACUUCAGUUCCAGGACCAACUUGAUAACAUGAAAGAGCAAAACCCUGUUGUUUGUGAAUGGUGUGAACGUGUUCUUAUUGAUGGUAAAUAA